AUGGUGAAGUAUAUCGGCGAAGGAGCUGGGCCUGGACUGGUAGUCAGCUGUAUUGUCCCGUUGGUGGUUACCUGGUUCUUCUUCUGCAUGCGGAUAUAUGUGCGAUGGAUAAUGUUGAAGAUGUGGAAGGUCGAAGACUGGCUCUUCGUUGCCAGCCAGAUCACAUAUACAGUUCUUGUCCUUUCGGCAUUACUGUCAGCACUGCACGGAAACGGCCAACAUCUAGCAAACAUCGAACCCACCGAUAUCCCAAUUGCCAUGCAGUUCUUCUUCGUCGGUGAAAUCUUCUACACCCUCACAACAAUCUUCAUCCGCCUCUCAAUCGGCUUCUACCUCCUGCGAAUCUGCAUCCGGAAACUGCACCUCUGGAUCAUCAAGAUCACCAUGGCCACCAUCACUUUCCUCACACUCGUCUACUUCAUCUUCGUCAUCGUGCAAUGCAAUCCGGUCAGCUAUUUCUGGCUGCAGUUCUCCGGACAAAUUGGGAAAUGUUUCCCCGCUACCACGGUACAGAACAUAACGAUCUCGUACGCUGUCUUCGCUGCCAUCACCGAUCUAAUUUUUGGCGUCCUGCCGAUUUUCGUCAUCUGGAAUCUGAAGAUGAAUCGUAAAGCCAAGAUGGUUGUUGGGGCCCUGCUCGCUUUGGGUAUCAUCGCGGGCUUCACAGUGAUCAUUAGGAUCGAGUAUGUGCGUCUGGUCAACUUAACCAUUGACUUCCUCUUCGCAGUCUCGAACGUGUCCAUCUGGUCUAUGAUCGAGCCGGCAAUCGGGAUCUGCUGCAUGGCCGCCUCGACCUUCAGACCUCUCUUCUCUUCUCUGAAGGAUAAAUCAGCAACCGACUACUAUCAGUCCAACUUGAGGUUUGGCCAUAUGAGAUCAGGCACCAACUUCUCUCGGGUUCACGGGGAGAACAAGAAGUUCAGGUUGAGUAGGAGUAUGAGGAGCGGGAGCAAGAGCGGGUAUCUGAAGAGCGUGGAUGUGAAGGAUGGGUCGGUCGACAGCUUUGAGGAUGUGAUCGCAAUGGAAAAUUUGGAGAACAGAGUUGAAGGUGGAUAG